UACACUUAUUUUGCUGAUCUUAAAGCCAAUGGCUGACUCCCUUGCUUGCUGCAGAUUUCAAGGUGAAUUCAAUCUGCGAUGAAGUAAGGUGAUUGAAAUUUGAGGGUGAUUCCUGACACAUGGUUUUGAUUGAAAUUUGGUGCCCAGCCUCCUCUGGUCAAGUUUAUUUUAAGGAUUCGCAAUUGGACUACUUUGCAUGCCGUUGAACUUGACAAAUUGUGUCGAGUAAAUAAAUAGUGCUCUCCCGCAGCUGCAGCUGCUUCACCAUUAAAGCUUUAACAUGGGGGAUACUAAAUACAAGCCAAAACCAAAACAGAAGAACUACUCUCUUUGGCUGAAGUUGAUCAGAAAAGGACAAGCUCCGUUGAUAUAAGUGCAUUACAGUGUGCCCAUUACUCUGCAGGCUACCUGUAAAGAUCAAGGAGGUUCAAAAUGAUGAAGAAAGUUGCAAUAAUCGGUGCCGGAGUCAGUGGUCUUCUUGCUUGCAAACAUACUCUAGAGAAGGGUUUUAAUCCCAUUGUGUUCGAGGCAAGGAGUUGCGCAGGUGGAAUUUGGUCUCAGACCUUGGAGUCCACAAAGCUCCAAUCGCCCAAGAGUUUUUACCAGUUCUCUGAUUUUCCAUGGCCGCCUUCUGUCACCGAAACAUUCCCGGAUCACAACCAAGUCAUGGACUACCUCCAAGCUUAUGCUACUCGCUUCAACCUCUUUUCCAGGAUCAAAUUUAACACCAGAGUCAUUUCUAUUGACCACCUUAUCACGCCUUCUGGUAAUCUUGAAAAUGUCCUCUCUUCCAAUUUUUGGGGCGGUUCUGGUAGAUCCUUCUCUCCCUUUGGAAAAUGGAAUGUCACUGUACAGGAUGCUCAAAAUCCAUCAUCCCCCACUGAGGCUUACCAGGUGGAUUUCGUGAUACUGUGCAUUGGGAGGUACAGUGACCUCCCAAACCUGCCAGAAUUUCCAAUAAACAAAGGCCCUGAAGUUUUUGAUGGAAAGGUCUUACAUUCCAUGGAUUAUGCUGCUAUGGAUGAUGAUAAGGCAGCUGAAUUCAUCAAAGACAAGCGUGUUGCAGUCAUUGGGUUCCAGAAAUCAGCCUUGGAUGUAGCAGCAGAGGUUUCAACUAGAAAUGGAACCAGACACCCAUGUACUCUGUUAUUCAGGACAGUUUAUUGGACAGUUCCCGAUCACUUUGUUCCAUUCACAUUCCGAAAUUUAAAUCGCUUCACAGAGUUCAUGCAUCACAGGCCUGGUGAAGGAUUCUUCCUCUGGAUUUUAGCCACUCUUCUCUCACCCAUGCUUUGGAUAUUUUCUAAAGUGGUGGAGCUAUAUCUGAAAUGGAUAUAUCCAUUGAAGAAAUACAAGAUGAUUCCUGGUCAUGGCUUCCUUCAACAGAUUUCUUCAUGCAUGUUCACAAGUCUGCCAUCUAACUUCUACGACAGAGUCGAAGAAGGAAGCCUCAUUUUAAGGAAAUAUGAAAGAUUAAAUUUUUGCAAAAAUGGUUUGCUUGUGGACCGGGAGAUGAGUCCUCUAGCAACAGAUGUUGUUAUCUUGGCAACCGGUUUUAGAAGUGACGAAAAGCUUAAAAACAUUUUCAAAUCAACCUACUUCCAGAAGCACAUAGCUGGCUCAGCCCCAUUCUACAGGGAUUGCAUUCAUCCCAGAAUUCCCCAGUUGGCAAUUCUUGGAUAUUCAGAAAGUCCGGCCUUUAUAUACACCACAGAGAUGAGAAGCAAGUGGCUAGCACAUUUUUUGGCUGGAAAAUUUGAGCUGCCAUCCAUAACUGAGAUGGGACAUGAUGUUCUGCAGUGGGAAAAAUGCAUGCGGCGUAAUGCAGGUGAGGGCUACAAAAGGCACUGUGUCAGCACGAUGCUGCAAAUACAUUGCAAUGAUCAGCUGUGCAAGGACAUGGGUAAAAAUCCCUGGAGAAAAAAUUCAUUUUUUGCUGAGCUAUUUGCUCCUUAUGGUCCUUCAGAUUACAAAAAUUUAUCCCAAGAAUGUAGCUAGCUUGCUCUCUGGGAUCCAGAGACUAAGAAUAAUUUUCAGUCAGAUUUUCAAGUAGUCUUCUAUGUCAAUUAGCUUAUUGCAUCAA